CUGUUGACUACAUACGGACGGAGUACAAAAUCAAACUGGUAGUGCAAUGAGUAAUUAGUGUUGUGCUAGUCAAGUUUCAGAUCGUUACGUUUAAUGUCGCAAUGUCACAUGUACCUAAAUUUAAACUAAACUAACACGUUAUCGUUCUGAUAUAAAUAGUAAAAGUCAGAGUUAAUUUCAUCAAAAGAAAACAUGAAGACACAUCAGUCGAAAGCAAUACAGCGGAUAAGGGCUGAUAGUUUCAGUACUAUCAAUGAAAAGGCAGUUGAUGAUAUUUCGUUACAGUUCUUCUAUAAUCCACAUACAAUUACCCUUUUACUAAUAUCAAUUGCGGCGCUUAUUUAUUUUGCUUUUGUCAGGGACACUGACACUCUCGAAAAUAAUAUAUGGGCUGGAAUACUAUGCUGCUGUUUCUUCUUCCUCAUUAUAUCAGUAUUGGCGUUCCCCAACGGACCGUUCACUCGUCCCCACCCAGCAAUAUGGAGGUUGGUAUUCGGUAUGAGCGUCCUCUACUUGAUGGUCUGCCUAUUUAUUCUCUUCCAGAACUACAAAACCAUCAGAAGUAUUCUGCUGUGGUUGGACCCAACUUUAACAGAAUUCCAUAUCGACAUGGACAAAGAAUAUGGAGUUAACUGCUCAGAUAUAACCCGGGAAAGGAUAUGGGGGCACAUGGAUAUCUUCGCUUUGGGCCACUACUUGGGUUGGAUGUUCAAAGCCAUUUUAAUACGCCACAAUGGUAUUUUGUGGGCUAUAAGCUGUAUGUGGGAGAUUACCGAAUUAGCCUUUGCCCAUCUACUUCCAAAUUUCAUAGAAUGCUGGUGGGACGCACUUAUUUUGGACGUUUUAUUGUGUAAUGGUUUCGGGAUUUGGUGUGGAUUGAAGAUAUGCAAGAUCUUGGAGAUGAGGGAGUACAAGUGGGUAGGAAUUAAAGACAUUCAUAGUACUACUGGUAAAAUUAAACGUGCCAUGCUUCAGUUUACGCCCGAGAGUUGGACCUCGGUAAGAUGGUUGGAUCCAAAGUGUUCAUACAUGCGAAUUUUCGCGUUGUGCCAGCUGGUACUUUUCUGGCAAACUUCAGAACUUAACACGUUUUUCCUAAAACACGUGUUCGAACUUCCCUCCUCGCACUAUUUAGUAACGGGAAGAUUAAUUCUUAUUGGUGUGAUUGUAGCGCCAUCUGUUAGACAAUAUUAUAGUUAUACUACGGAUACUAGUUGUAAGAGAGUAGGUACUCAAUGUUGGGUGUAUGGUUGUAUAAUGGUAGCUGAAGCUUUAAUAUGUAUCAAACACGGUAGAGAACUAUUUGAACAAACCCAAAUGAUUAAUAUGGUCAUUUGGUUAUUAGUGAUGAUUAUACUAUCCGUAGCAUUUGUGCUGGGCUGUGUCGUUUACUACAAGUAUUAUCCCGAUUCGUUAGAAGUUAGUCCUUCGAAAUCGAAAACGAAGAUUAAAUUCCAGAAUGGAGACAGGCAAGAUGUUAAAGAUGAUUAGAUAAUUUAAUAUUUUGAGGAAGGUAAUUUGAUCGAAUCUUAUUCGAAAAUGUAGUUAAAAAUUUGUAGGAACCGCGCCGAAAUAUGCAGCCAAAUGUAAAUAUAUCAAUCAAUCAAAUUAGAGUUGCGAACUUGCUGAACUAAUUAUUGUGAUAUUAUUGAAAUUUAAACAUUUUUUAAACAACUGGAAGAUACCAUAUAUGCAGGUUCCAUCUUAAGUGCAUAUCUAAAAUUAUUUAUUUUUUGUAAAUAAAUUAAAUAAAAUGCCUACUUUUACCAACACACAAAAAAAAAUUGUAGCUAGUUGUAAAUAGGAGUUAGUAUAAGAGGUGUAUACAAAAAAAGAAAAUUCAACUAAAAUAAUUGAAAAUUUAAGUUCAAGAACGAUGAUUAAACGGAAUAUUUAGUUGAAAAAAAUAAAAUUUAAAUCAAAUUUUAUUUUUCUUUAGCUAUUUUUAGAAGAAAAAUAUUUAUUAAAACGGCAUAAAAUGAUUUCUUAAGAAAUAUUUAGGAAAAAAAAAAGAAACUAGUAAGUGUUAUACAAAAUUUAGUAAAAAAUACUCAAAUUUAACAAA